GAACCAUAUUAUAACCGCGGCACAUAACACAGAAAUUUUGGUUAUUCCCUUGGAUUUGAUUGACGUUUGUUAUGUGCCUCCUUAAACGUCACGAUCACAGUUAUCUGUCAUCCAUCCCAAAAAAUAAAACGUAAUACCACAACUUUGAACUUUCUUUGCAAAUUUCUCAUUUAUAUAUACCAGCAAGAAGCAAUUAACUUAACUUGUGAUAUUAUUAGUAAGUACUUAGUAUUAGAAACACAUAAAUAAAUCAUGUCGUGUCCGUGGGCAAAAAUCGAAAAACCCGAACCUGUAAACCUAACUGACGUCAUGUCUGAAGAACUCGCAAGGGAAAUGCAAGAAAAGGAGUACAAAAAGCUACAGGCAUCUGCCCUCGAUACUACAGAAGCCGAGCAAGAGGCUAUCACUUCAGUAGAAAAUUUACUACCAAGCUGUUCGGUUUCAGUAGAUGAUGAUGAGAUGAUAGCGAAGAUGUUACAAAUCCAGUUUGAUAAAGAGUAUGAUGAGUAUUUGGCACUCACAGAGAGAAAAUAUAAUGGAGGCUCAAAGGUGUCUGUAUCAUUUGAAAACUAUAAGAGGACCCCUUUAAACCCAGAUUUUGAGAGUGAUACAGAAGAAGAAGAAAUCAUAGAUGUUAGUGAGAGAAAAUUCUGGGAUCGUUUUGAACAUUUGGAGAAAGAGUAUGCCUCAAUUCCACCAUGUGGAUACAAGGUUGAGCAGAAUGGGAAUGUAGUAACAAAACAUGACAUGACCAUGAGUGGAAGGAAAAAUGCCUGCAAACUGAUGUCUUUUCCACCAGAAUUUCAAACUGGAGAUGGGGAAAACUUUGACUUGAAAAUUUCCAAUAAGGUUUUCAAUAGUCUAAAAAUGUACUCAUUUAAAGAGCAAGCUCGCCGCUAUAAAAUCCAUGACAGGAAGGAAGACCAUGCUACUGCUGAAUUUGGUAUGGAUGAGCACACUCGUCUUCUUAUUUACAAGUUGAUCAACAAACAAUUGUUAGAGAGAGUAGAUGGAGUGGUUAGCAUUGGAAAAGAGGCGGUGGUACUCCAUGCAGAGACUGACCCCUGCUGUCCUGAUACUACACCUGACACUGCCUUGCCCAAGGAAUGUGCCAUCAAGGUGUUCAAGACGGUACUAUCCGAGUUUAAAGAUCGUGACAAGUACAUUAAGGAUGAUCGGCGCUUUAAGGAUCGUAUGGGUAAACAGACUACUACGAGGAAAAUAGUCCAUCUGUGGGCAGAAAAAGAGAUGGCCAACCUGAGCAGGAUGCAAAAAGUGGGGCUCAGGUGUCCACAAGUUGUUAAACUAAAAAAUCAUGUCUUGAUCAUGUCCUUUAUUGGUGAGAACAAUGUGCCAGCACCAAAAUUGAAAGACGCAGAUCUUGACGAGGAUGACGCUAAGCGAGCUUACAAAGAGGUGAUCGAAUCCAUGCGGACUUUAUAUCAAAACGCCAACUUGAUUCAUGCUGAUUUGUCAGAAUACAAUAUCCUUUACCACAACAAACACUGCUACUUCAUCGACGUCAGUCAGGCCGUCGAACCAUGUCAUGAAAACGCGUUUUUCUUCCUUAUGAGGGACUGUGAGAACAUCAGCAAAGUAAGUUUGUUCAAUUUCUUAGACCUGCCAAAUGAUUUUUUUAUUUUAUAAGUAUUUUUUCACUUUCCUAGAUUGACUCGUCUGAUUGACAAGUAAAAUUAUGUGUUUGCAUCUAUGAAAAUGUUGCUUAAGUGGAAAGUAACAUCUGCACAGUAAGAUUGUUUAACUUCCCACACACUCUGGCGAGGAAGUAUUGUGAUUGCAAAAAACUUAUAAAUGACAUACUAUGUCACUUAUUUGCGUUUGUCUGCUAAUCCUUGGACGGCCUAUAACUAGGAAAUUACUGCUCGGAUUUGGAUGAAAACUCCACACAAAGUCAAGAACGGAAAAGAUUUGUGGUUUUUGAAAAUCGAUCCAGUGGCGACUAAAAAAAUAAAAAUUGCUCAAUCUUUGUUUUUUGCGUUUUAGAAGCUCGUUAUCAUUUUCAGAAAAAAAUUAGUAUGUGUUAAAAAUUGGGGGUUGCAGGAUGUAGGGGGUGAGGGACAGUUUAUCUCAAAUUUUUGGCGUUAAUACAACGUGUCACAAAGUAAACAGGACUUUUAAAAGAUAUCCGAUACAAGUGGUGCCAUCUUUUAUCGGACUAGCGUUGGAUAGGUACAUCUUUCAUUGAUUCCAUGUUAAAAUUUCAUGACCAUCGAACCACUUCACGCGGAAUUAUCGCGCUCAAAGUGACAGUGACUUUUUUAGCAUCGGUCGAAAAAUGAACAUCGAACAAAGAUCCAAUAAUAAGUUCUGUGUUAAACUUGGUAAAACAUUUACCGAAACGCGUCAGAUGUUGAUGCAAGUGGUUUACACGGUUCAAAGAGUGUCGUGAGACGCUAACGACGAACAUUUUGGCCAGCCAAAUUUUGUGAUUACGCCAGAAACCGUCGAAAAUUGAUCAAAAAUUAUCCAAAAUAUUCAUUGAGAUACAUAGAAAUGGAAUUAAAUAUAUCCAGAGAUUCAAUCCAUCGGAUUUUGAUCAAGAAUUUUGGCACAAGCUCACGGAUGACAAAAAAUUGCUUCGAAUAGAACAAUUCGAGAGACAUCAUUAAAGAGGCCAAAAAAGACAAAAAUUGGGCAAUAUUGUGACUGGUGACGAAACGUGGGGUUUUACGAUUCGAAAAGAAUUAUUUACAAAGAAUUCGUUCCACCAGGUCAAACGGUUUAAGCUGUGUUUUAUCUUGGUGAUCGAUCGACGCUUGUGUCCGAUUUUUUUACAAAAUGGCAUUUUAACCAUCAACCAUUCCCAAUAUUCUCCUGAUAUUGCAUCAUGUGACUAUUUUCUGUUCGGUAAACUACAUUUGGUAAUGAAAGGUCUGCGGUAAGCCUUCGUAGCGGCCAUCCAAAAAGCGUCAACGACUACGAGCCCCUUCCCACUUCAGUUGGCCCACUUCAAGAUUUGUACCAAAAUAUGCCUUUAUAAACUGAACAUGACGAAACUAUUUACUUCUAAA